CGGGCUCUCGCACCUCAGGCGCGGCCGGCCCUGAGGGGAGAGAGGAGCGGGCGGUGAGCGCCCGUCCCCGCGGGGGAGGAGGAGGAGGCGGCGGCGGGACGGGACGAGCCCCCUCCGCGGCGCCGCCCCGGCAUCGCCCCUCAGGUGCGGGGGCCGGCGGGGCCGGGGCAGGGCGGCGGGCCGGGGGUGGGAGCCCCGCGGCGAGGGGCAGCCCCGCGGGCGGACAAAAGCAUGGUGGAGGCGGGGGCGGCGGCAGGAACAUCCCCGGCCGAGACCCGCGGCUGCCGGGCAAGAUAUGAGAAAUGAGUGUUGGACGCAGAAGAUUAAAGCUGCUGGGAAUUCUGAUGAUGGUGAACAUUUUUAUUUAUGUGAUUGUGGAAGUCUCAAAAAGCGGCAGCCAAGAGAAGAAUGCAAAAGGCCGUGUUGUUAUACCACGUAGCGCAUUCUGGAGAAAAUAUACCCCUCACAAAGCUUAUUGGAACAAACAGCAGCAGAAGCUUGAACUCCUGUACAACCCUAUUCUGGCCUUGCUUUCCAAUAUGACUGUGGAAGAGAACUUGAGUUCUAACUUGAGUGCUCUCAGUUCCUGUGACCCUGACCCUUGGGUGUCUUCAGAGGUCAGUGACUUUGCAAACCUGCCAGACAGAUUCAAAGACUUUCUACUUUAUUUGAGGUGUAGAAAUUAUUCAUUAGUAAUGGAUCAGCCAAACAAGUGCAAACAUAAACCUUUUCUGCUGCUGGCUAUUAAGUCACUUAUACCCCAUUUUGAUAGAAGGCAAGCAAUUAGGGAAUCCUGGGGCAAGGAAAUUGAAUCAGGGGAUGUGAUAGUCAAAAGGGUCUUCUUGCUUGGACAGACCCCACCAGAGGAUCAUUUUCCCGAUCUUUCACACAUGCUGAAAUUUGAGAGUGAAACCCACCAAGACAUUCUCCUCUGGAACUACAGAGAUACUUUCUUCAACCUGACUCUGAAAGAGGUGCUGUUUCUGAAGUGGGUCAGCAGCAGCUGCACGAACGUCCAGUUUAUUUUUAAGGGUGAUGAUGAUGUUUUUGUGAAUACCCAUCAGAUCCUGGAUUACUUGAAGAGCUUAUCAAAGGAAAAAGCCAAAGACUUAUUUAUAGGUGACGUGAUCAAAGAUGCUGGACCUCACAGAGAAAAAAAAUUGAAGUACUACAUCCCAGAGAGUGUUUAUGAAGGUUCAUACCCUCCGUAUGCGGGAGGUGGCGGGUUUCUGUACUCUGGUGAUCUGGCAUUAAGACUGAAUAAUGCAUCUGACCAGGUACUCCUCUACCCUAUUGAUGAUGUUUAUACUGGAAUGUGCCUUCAGAAGCUUGGGCUUGCUCCUGAAAAACACAAAGGCUUCAAAACGUUUGAUAUUGAAGAGAAAUACAGAAAUAACAUAUGUUCCUACACAAACUUAAUGUUAGUACAUAGUAGAAAACCUCAAGAGAUGAUUAAGAUCUGGACACAGUUGCAAGAUCCACACUUAAAUUGUUAAAGUAAUGUGCGUAAGUCCAAGUCCAAAUAACUUUCCAGGUUUGGGUCUGACUUCCUUGGUGGAUCACUGAAGCUCUGUUUAAUAGUUGAAUUUUCUCCCUAAACUUUUUUCCUGUACUUUCGAAAAUGAGAAUAAUACUAAAAUUUGAAGGGAUGGCUUGAAGACUUGGUCCUGACUUUUCCACUGUCCUGAUGGUCGUUAUGUUUCAAUAUUUGUCUUAAUUUUAAAAGAGACUUUGAGGAUAUAACUAGCUGUCAGUGACUGGUUAGCUGUAUUGGAAACAGGGAUUGCCUACUGCAAUGCAUUUUUCAUUAAUUGUGUUGGUGGAAGAUAAUUUUUCCUUGAGUAGUGUUCGUGUGUGGAAACCACUGUAAAUUGAAAAUACACAAAUUGGAGGAAUGUAAUUUUAUCUUUAGGUAUGAAACAUUUACAAGACUUUAACUUUCAGAUUUUGUUUUAAUGUAUAGUUUUCAGUCCUUUUGCACCCUGAAACAGUAUUUUCUCGUUUACUUAGAAUUUUUCGUGCAAAGUAUAUCUGUGUCUGAAGGAUUUACCCUUUUAUUAGAUGAUGCCUUUUUUUUUUUUAAUAAAAAAAGCAUAAUACUCCUUGAAACACCCCAUAAGAGCUCAAUAUAUAAGGAAAAAGAACAGACUUUGUUUGGAGCUGGGCAGUAGGUACAGUUAGGUCUGGUCCCUGCCUCAAACUUGGUUACUAAAGAUGACUUAUUGCUUAUAUUAUUUAUGUGAAAAGCUACUCUGGUCAAUCCUUGUUUCCU